AUGUUAAAUCUGGUGAACUUUCGUAAGGCCUGCGUGGUGCGCUUUAAAGGAGGCUACGCCACAUGGUCUAAAGCAAAAGCCAUGAAAGAAAAGAAGAAAAAGGAGGAAGCUUCAAAUGGAGUUUCAGAACUUAACCCUUGGCCAGAAUACAUUCAGAAGCGGUUAGAUCUUUGGGAUAAGUUUAGAGCAAAUUAUGAGCAAGAAUUAUCUUCUAAGCCCGAUGUUAGUGUAGUUGUGACUUUACCAGAUGGAAAAACUGUGGAAGCCAAAGCAUGGCGGACUACCCCUUAUGAUGUAGCUAAAGGAAUCAGCCAAGGGCUAGCUGACAGCACCAUAAUCGCAAGGGUGAAUGGAGUAUUAUGGGACUUAGAUAGACCAUUAGAAGAAGACUGCAAGCUGGAACUCUUAAGAUGGGACAACACUGAUGCACAGGCCGUAUUCUGGCAUUCAUCGGCACACAUGCUGGGUGAAGCUAUGGAGAGAAUAUAUGGAGGGUGUCUAUGUUAUGGUCCACCAAUAGAAGAAGGUUUCUACUAUGACAUGCACUAUCCAGAGAAAGGGAUUUCCUCUGCCGACUAUCAAGGUGUUGAGAGUCUCGUUAAAAAGAUUACUAAAGAAAAACAGCCAUUUGAACGCCUAGAGUUGACCAAGGAACAGUUACUGGAGAUGUUUGACUAUAAUCCCUUCAAAGUGAGGAUAUUGAAGGAGAAAGUGAACACUCCAACUACUACGGUGUAUAGAUGUGGGCCGUUGAUAGAUUUGUGUAGAGGUCCGCAUGUCAGGCAUACUGGGAAAGUUAAGGCUUUUAAAGUCACUAAGAAUUCAGCUACUUAUUGGGAGGGCAAAGCAGACGCAGAAUCUCUCCAGCGUAUGUAUGGCGUAUCGUUCCCCGAGCCUAAACAACUGAAGGAAUGGGAAGUUAUUCAAGAAGAAGCCGCUAAAAGGGAUCACAGGAAAAUUGGAAGGGAGCAAGAGCUGUAUUUCUUCCACGAAUUAUCGCCUGGCUCCUGCUUCUUCCAGCCACGGGGUGCUCACAUUUACAACACGCUUGUAAAAUUCAUCCGAGACCAAUAUAGGGUACGCGGAUUCCAAGAAGUAGUCACCCCGAACAUGUACAAUUCCAAAUUGUGGCAGACGUCUGGACACUGGGCCCAUUAUGCGGAGAACAUGUUCUCAUUUGAGGUGGAGAAGGAGACCUUUGCUCUGAAACCGAUGAACUGUCCUGGACAUUGUCUUAUUUUCGACACUCGCGUUCGGUCCUGGCGCGAGUUGCCUCUCCGUUUGGCAGACUUCGGAGUUCUACACCGGAAUGAGCUGAGCGGUGCCCUAAGCGGCCUGACUCGCGUGAGGCGCUUCCAGCAGGACGACGCGCAUAUAUUCUGCGCCCCGCAACAUAUAGAACAGGAGAUGGUGAGCUGUCUAAACUUCUUGGAGCACGUGUACACGACUUUCGGCUUUAGCUUCCAACUGAAACUAUCUACGCGACCUGAGAAGUAUCUAGGAGAUCUUGAGACCUGGAAUCAAGCUGAAAAGGCUUUAGAGGACUCACUGAACAAAUUUGGUAAGCCGUGGCAGCUUAAUCCCGGGGACGGCGCGUUCUAUGGGCCGAAGAUAGACAUCACUAUACAGGAUGCUCUGCGCCGUUCGCACCAAUGUGCCACUAUACAGCUCGAUUUUCAGCUCCCAGAGAGAUUCAAUUUGAGUUAUGUUAGUGAAACAGGUGACAAGAAGCGGCCGGUAAUCAUCCACCGUGCCAUUCUGGGCUCGGUUGAGAGGAUGAUUGCUAUCCUGAGCGAAUCGUACGCAGGCAAGUGGCCGUUCUGGCUGAGUCCAAGGCAGGCUUGCGUUGUACCGAUUGGACCCAUGUUCGACGAUUAUGCGAUACAGGUUAAAGACAAGCUUUUUGCCGCUGGCUUCCUCUCCGAGGCGGACACAGAUGCUGGAGAUACUCUUAACAAGAAAGUCAGAAAUGCUCAACUAGCACAGUUCAACUAUAUUUUAGUUGUUGGCGAGAAAGAGAAAUCCAAGGGAACCGUGAACGUGCGUACUCGAGACAACAAAGUUCACGGAGAGAUGUCUAUAGAGGGACUCAUUGAACACUUCAGCAAACUGGUGCAGGACAAGUCGCUUUCGGAUGACACGCAUUUGUUGAAGUAG